AUGCACUUCUACGUGCCGCCCUGGCUGCGCCACGGCCGCGCGCGGUCGCCAGUCUCCAUCUUCAGCGUGGACAUCGAGCCACACGGCCAGCGGCUGGCCUCGGCCGGCCAGGACUGCGCCGUAAAAAUCUGGUCGCUGCCGGUGCUAGCCGCGCUGGCCAUCCCAGCCCACGCGGAGAACUCGCGCGACGUCAAGGCAGACAGCCCCGCCGCGGCCGACGUCCCGCCGCCGGACGCCCUGCUCGCCUCCAUCUCGUCCCACUCAUCCGCCGUCAACUGCGUCCGCUGGGCCCCCGCGGGCAACCUCCUCGCCUCCGGCGGCGACGACGCCGUCGUCCUUAUCUACGAGCAGAUCCCUGGCGCCCCGCAGAACUCCGCCUUCGCCGCCGGCGGCAAGGCCGCCCUCGAGAACUGGACCGUUCGCCGCCCGCUCAGGGGCCACACGGGCGACGUUACCGACGUGUGCUGGAGCCCGGAUGGACAGAGGCUCGCGUCGGCAAGCGUAGAUAACGCCAUUUAUGUCUGGAGCGUGCGCAAUGAGAGGGCCAUUGUCAGGCUCGAUGGCCACUGCGGUCUGGUGAAGGGCGUCGCGUGGGACCCCGUGGAUCGCUUUUUGGCGAGCCAGUCGGAUGACAAGACCGUCCGCAUUUGGCGCACGUCGGACUGGAAGACGGAGAAGGUCAUCAGCAAGCCCUUCGAUCUCGCCGUGUACAAGGAGAACUCCAUGGCAUUUUUCCUCCGCAUCAGCUGGAGCCCGUGCGGCAGCCAGCUCACUGCCACCAACGCGUACAAGAAGCCCAGCGCCCACUACGCCCCCAUGCUGUCCAGGGAGAGCGGCUUCGACGACCAGCUCGACUUUAUCGGCCACCGCGAGCCCGUCGUUACCUCGCGCUUCUCCCCGAGGCUGUACCGCGCCACGGACACCAUCAUCGCCAUGGACAAGCAGAUUGAGGAGAGCGCAAAGCAAAAAAAUGCCACUCCCGCCACAACUACACCGCCCCCCAACAAGAACGACCGCGAUCCCUACACAUGUCUAGCGCUCGGCUCCAAGGACUGCGGCGCAUCUAUCUGGCGAGCGACCCGUAUCCGCCCCUUUUUCGACAUCGCCGACAUGUUUGAUGCCGAUGUCAUCGACCUGUCGUGGGGAACCGAUGGCUACACCCUCAUGUCCUGCUCCACGGAUGGCCGCGUCAUGUACGUACGCUUCGAGCCCGACGAACUGGGAGAGGUUGUCUCACAGGAAGAAACCCGCACCAUACUCGCAAAGCAAUGGAGGGUCUUUGGUGGCGCUGGCGAUAGCGUCGCUCCCAUCCCCGAGUCCGCCGCCCAGCUCCAGUUUGAGCAUGACCGCCGCCAUGCCAUGAAUCUGAAUAACCCGGUCCCGCCAAACCAACAAGGGGCUCCCACGACAGUGCCGAAGCCCACCCCGCUUCCUCCCCGGAAACCCCUGUCGAACUCGAGUACUCCAAUCGUCCUGGACGACUCCAUGGACGUCGUCGAGGAGACUAUUGACUCCGAGGUGCACCGCUCCGCUCAGAAGCCCCCAGUUCCCCCAUUUUCCCAAACGCAACCCUCCGCUCCUUCGUCCGACAAGAGAGGCAUGCUCCCAGCUCCCGUUGUAGCCGCUGCAGCUGCCGUUCGGGAGAAUGGCCCGACGCCUCCCGCAGACCCUCGCAUCAUUGCUGCUCAAGCCGAGGUCAGAGUGCGAGGUGGCAAGCGACGAAUUACUCCGAUGGCAGUCACUGCCGUUGCGCAAGAGAACAAUAUUGGUGUCAACAAUGCCCCAACUGAUAUUCAAAGGGCCGGCAUGGACAGCGAUGCGGAAAGCGCACCAGGUGCGGAAUCGCCUUGGAAGCGAUCAAAAGGAAAUCCGUUUUCAGGCGGGCCCGACGUGUCAAGAGAUGCAGCCAGUAACGCAGCAACCGCGCAUAUUGCAAACGGCGUUCGCCCCAGUGCUGGUCAUGUGCCAAACGGUGGCAUGCGACGUUCAAAACGAGGCGCCGGUGACAUCAUGGACUCUAGAGGCAUGCCUGUUAGGCACGCCGCCGAUCUGUACGCACCAAGUAUUGUUGGAUUGAGCAUGAUGCUACUUCCCAAUCGUGGCGAUGGUCCCGGAAGGUGUCGUGUUAUAAGCGACGAAACCCCUCGCAUCGUGUUGGAAUCGCGAGAACAACAUUCUAGUGGUGGCGGGUACGAGGUCAUGUGCUCAAAGGGCGGAAAGGUGCAAUGGCGAGACUAUCACCCCAAGUCGGCCCCGGUAACGGCGAUCGCUGGUGUUGGAGGAAAAUUUGCUGCGGUGGGCACAGGGGAUGGUAUGCUAUUUUUGUACUCCGCAAUAUCUGGGCGGCGUCUCGCACCGCCAAUCUCGAUCGACUCCGCACCCUACAUGCUCGAAGCCAUGUGCAUAUCACCAGACUCCUCGGUCACAACAUCCCAAGGCACGGAGAAAGAAAAAGAAAAGUGGUUCGUUGUUCUCGUCUCGAGAAGCGCGCUCUGUACAGUAUUUGAUGUGAAGGCCAAGAAACUUAUUUGUGCGAGGAGUGCUGCCUCGCUUCUAGCUACACCUCAGGACUCACCAGCAGGUGGAAAGCAAGAUUCCACUGGUGCGAAAGCAAAAAUCAUCCGCGAAGUAGCGCUUUGUCAAGUGACUGCGGCAGGGGAACCAAUCCUUUUGCUCUCUGAUGGACAUGCAUUUGUAUAUUCAACAGCAUUUUGUGCCUGGCUGAGAGUUGCAGAUGACUCUGCUCCCAACUCCGAGUACGUCAGGACCAUACCAUCAACAAAGAAGGUGGGCCUUCUCCGGUCUUUACAACCAAGUGUAGGCCGCGUUCGAAAGGGACUUUCAACCCUAUCAGGAAUGUCCGAUUUGCAACGCUCUGCAGUUGAGUCUCUCGCCCAUUUGGAAUCUCUCAUGGAGUCCGCGAUUGUACUGAGAUCCGCUAGCGACUACCGCUACUACCUCACCAACUACGCCAGUCGCAUUGCCGCUGCGGUCAGCGAUGAUGUUGAAAAUUGUACAGUGCGUCUACGAGAACUCUGCGACCAAUUCCUCAACUUGGCUAAUCCACGUGAAGACAACACCAUUUUGGGGAUGAGCUGCCGGAGCCUUCUCAAAGACACAGUUUUGCCAGUCAUCGCUGCCAACCGGCAGAUGCAGAGGUUUGUGGCAGAAUAUGUAGAAAUUCUUACUGAAGUAGAGAAAAAGGAUAAGCUCUUGAAGGUUGACACCUGAUGAAGCAGACAUGUGAAUAUCAAGACUAACAGUGCAGGAGGGCCCGGGCCUUUGAUCUGACACAAUUGUGAAUAUUAAACUGCUACUAUGUACAGCUAUGUUUAAGGUUG